AUGACAAGACGUGUAGUGAUAUUAUACGGGUCAGAGACGGGUCAGGCGGAGGCCAUCUCCCAUCAGAUCUAUGACCAGUGUUGGCAUCAGUUGGAAGCGCUGAUCGACAACUUGAACGUUAAGAUCGAUCGCUUCUGUUUGGACCAAACGGGAGACCACUUCACGCUCGAGUCGGAGGAAGCGGUCAUUUUUGUGGUGUCGACCACAGGAGAGGGCGAACCGCCGGCCAAUGCACUCAAGUUUUACCGAAAGUACCGAAAGCGAGCGCUCGACAGACAGUUGUUGUCCGCCGUGUCCUAUACUUUGCUAGCAUUGGGUGACACUAAUUAUGAGAGAUUCGCUAACUUUGGCAAAGAUUUAGAUAAACGACUGCAGGAGUUGUCGGCCAAACAAUUCUACGAAACAGGUUUCGGCGACGACGCCGUCGGUCUUGAGUUAGGGGUCGAGCCCUGGAUUGAGAAUCUCUUCCCAGCGAUUCUCCAACAUUUUAAAGCCUAUUCGGCGCUAAGCGUACCAAUCGUUGACACGAAGACAUUAUCACCAAUUCAAUUACAAAUGGCUGUCAAAGAUAAUUGCGGUGAAUUGAUGCACACAACGGAUCAACGUUUGGCACUAUUGGAUCAGUUGACUCUACCGUUGAUUUCGAGUAAAUUCCAAUCGUUUCGUUUGCAAAUCCACGAAACACUUCCCGAAGAAUGUGAUGCAAAUGAGUUUUACUUUCAAACACUUCCAGUUAUGGAUUCAAAGAUAUUUGAUACAAAUUUAGUUCACUUGAGACAAUUGUCGGCCAAUACUAGUGCCGACGACAACCCCAUCACUACCGCCGACUGUAAGACCAUAAUUGAGGCCACAAUAGAGGCCGAAGAGGGCAGUGGUUUGUCGUAUGAAUCGGGAGAUUCUUAUGGAUUUAUUGUUGGCAAUUGUGAUGAAGAGGUUCAUCAAGUGUUGGACGCAUUGAAUCUCUCAGACAAAUGUGACUAUUAUUGCGAAGUUUUGACACCACAAGUGUUCCCACAUUUGCCUAAAAUAUGUAAAGUUAAUGAUUUGAUUAAAUAUUAUGUGGAAAUACGAUCGGUUCCUAAGAAGUCAACGCUAAGACAUUUGGCAGACUUUUGCGACAAUCCUUCGCAUAAAAGGCGUCUUUUGGAGUUGAGUUCUCGCGAAGGAGGAGACGAUUAUAAUCGUUACGUUCGCAACAAAUUUGUCAACAUUUUGGACAUUUUGCAAGUGUUUGACUCGUGUCGACCACCGCUGGAGGUUGUGUUGGCCAACAGUCCGUGUUUCGCACCGCGUUAUUACAGCGUCUGUAACGCACCCGACGCUCAAAAUCGUAAUGCAUUCAAAAUAGCAUUUUCUGUCAUGAAUUUCGAGAACACAUAUCUUCGAGAAGACACUCAACUGUUUGGUGUGUUUACGGGAACUCUAUUCAGACAAUUAAGACCCGAAACGCCCUCAACUGAGAACAAUGUCGAGCAAUACACUCAACUGUUUGGUGUGUUUACGGGAACUCUAUUCAGACAAUUAAGACCCGAAACGCCCUCAACUGAGAACAAUGUCGAGCAAUGUUUGGAUAAAUUGAGUCUCGAGUCUAAUGUGAAGAGUUUUAAAGUGUUUAAACGUAAGAAUCCGUACUUCAAAUUGCCCUCAAAUCUGACCACACCGUUAAUAAUGGUGGGCGCGGGCACUGGUGUCGCGCCGUACGUCGGUUUCCUACAACAGCGACAACUUAUGGCUCGGCGGUCGUCAGUUCCGGCCGGAGAGUGUUGGCUGUUCUACGGGUGCCGACACUCGCGGGUAGACUAUAUAUUUGCCGACGAAUUACAACAAUUUCGCACCGAUAGAGUGCUCACACAACUUAACGUUUGCUUUUCCCGCGAAUGUCCGGUCGACGACCCGACGGCUCCCAAAUACGUCCAGCAUUUGAUCGCAAAGCACUCUUCGCCUGUCUUUAAGCUCAUUGACAGUAGAAAAGCCGUGGUUUAUGUUUGCGGCGAUUUGAAGGGCAUGUCUACAGAUGUGUUCAAUGCGAUGGUCGCUGUCGUUGAGACGAGUGGCAAACGAAGCCGUGAAGACGCUGUCAAAUAUAUCCGUGAAUUGCAGUCAGAGAAACGAUACCUUCAAGAUAUAUGGACUUAA